UUGUGGUGCGUGCAUGUGCUGAUAUGUAAGCGCGUUUCCGAAAGGCGCAGAGCCUGCCAGCACUUGACAGUAUUUCAGCAGGAAACACAUGUUUUCAGCUGACACAGCUGGAGAAAAGGGGCGACUGAGCGGAGCAGAGUAUCUGCACAAAGGAAACACAAAGGAAACUGGUGUGUUGUUGUCAGCGAGCCAGUGAGGCUCUGUGGGGGUUGAAAGCACAGGACAGGGCCGUUUUCAUUCGUCUGAAGUGAGAGAUCACUCCUCUUCGCUGAAAACUGAAGACCACUUGAACUUAGGACCUCUUCCAACAGACAUGGCAGGCUUACCUCAGCUGUUGUGUCUCCUUUCUGUUCUCUGCUGCAGUCUGGCGGACAACGUGGAGCUGCUCCGCACUAAGCGAGGGACUCGUUUUUACAGAGGUGAGCCUGACAGGCAGCCGGCUAGACGGACGCUUUUGAUCGUUCGUGUCCAGAAGUCUUCACCUUCCUUUGACACCUCCUUACUGUGUGUGGAUAGUAAGACGUCAGCAGUGCGUAGUUAUGGGGACACUUGGCUGCGAUGGAAGGGACAGCGUGUGGAGUAUUGCCGUUGUGCAUUGAGAGGACAAGAGCGUUGUCAUAUUGUGCCUGUCAUCAACUGCUACGUGUCUCAGUGCUACAACGGGGGAACCUGCAAGGAGGCCGUCUACACGUCAGACUACAUUUGCCAGUGUCCCCCCGGCUUCAGCGGGACCCACUGCGAGAUCAAUAAUAAUGAGAAGUGUGUUGCGGGGCAGGGUGAAGGCUACCGCGGCACGGGGAGCAUCAGCCACUCGGGGGCAGAGUGCAUCAACUGGAACUCCACAAGUCUGAGAGGACGGAAGUUCACAGCCAGGAAAAUCGAUGCCACCAGUCUCGGGCUGGGCAAUCACAACUUCUGCAGGAACCCUGAUCAGGACAGCCGGCCCUGGUGUUACGUUUAUAAAGGAACUCAAAUUGCUUGGGAUUUCUGUUCUUUGCCCAGAUGUCCAAAAGCAGAUAAGAGCACAGAUUGCAUGGUGGGCCCUGGUAGGUCUUACCGAGGCACGACGUCUGUCACCAAGAGUGGCUCUGCCUGUCUGCCGUGGGAUUCUCCCGCCAUCAAGCGCAAGUUCUACAACGCUUGGAGAUCAGACGCUUUGGAGAAGGGCCUGAGCAACCAUAAUUUCUGCAGGAAUCCAGAUGGGGAUGCAGGUCCAUGGUGUCACACCUAUAAAAACAUGCAGCUCACCUGGGAGCUAUGCGAUAUACCUAAAUGCUCAAGAAAACCAUCUAUCAUCACCACUCUCGGCCCUCGAGCUCCAACCACCAACAACAGACCGACAUGCGGCCAACGUUUAGACAACACCCUGAAUCGGCCACUUUUCCGCAUGUUUGGAGGCAGAGAGAGUGACAUCACGGAGCAGCCGUGGCAGGCCGCCAUCAAUGUCUACCAGGCCCGUCACAGACAAUACCUGCACCGCUGCGGGGGAGUCCUCAUCGACUCCUGCUGGGUGCUGUCUGCAGCACACUGCUUUGCCAAGACUGACACUCCAGAAAAAUUGGAGGUGAUUUUGGGGAGAACAUUUCGGAAGCAAAACUCCAGCGGCGAACAGAUUUUCAAGGUGGAAAAGUACUGGAUGCAUGAGAAGUUUGACGAAGAAACAUAUGACAACGACAUUGCUAUUUUGAAGCUGAAAUCGGACAUUGGCAUUUGUGCUGUAAACUCUCCAGAAGUCCUUCCAGCGUGUCUGCCUGAACGUGGGCUGGUGCUGCCCGACUGGACUGAGUGUGAGAUCUCAGGCUACGGGAAAGACAUGGAAUUUUCUGCCGAGUUCUCUGAGCGUGUUAAAAGAGGAUUCGUCCGCCUGUGGCCCAAUGAGCGCUGCAUUCCAGAUGUGCUGUCUGGACGCACGGUUACUUCCAACAUGCUGUGUGCCGGUGAUACCCGAGGCCUCGACGAUGCCUGCAAGGGAGACUCUGGGGGCCCACUGGUCUGUCGGAACAGUGACAGAAUGACUCUGAUGGGUGUGAUCAGCUGGGGAGACGGGUGCGGACAGAGGGAUAAGCCUGGCGUGUACACACGUGUCACGAAUUACAUCAACUGGAUGAGCAGCAAAAUUAAAGCCAACCCAGUCUAAAGUUAGGCAGACUGCAAAGAUGUUGUUGAAUUAUCUUUAAAAUUGGUGGUUGAACUGCACUGUGCAUCACUGAGAAGAUAGACAGAGAAACUUAAAGCACUUUAGCUGUUUUGAGCGCUGGUUUACCUGUGGAUCUGAAUCCAAACAGAUGGACUUUCUGGCAUGAUCAGGACAGAGACAUACAGGAACGAUCUCAAUCCUGCGUUUUCGUGCUUAGUUUACCUCGUCGUCAAGUUUUCUUUUUCUUCCUAUGUCGAGUGUUACAGUAAAUUCAGGCAGAAACUGAAGUUAUUUAUUGCUUCUAUGUAAUCUGUUGAGCCCACUGAUAUUUUUGUCCUUAGUGAAUGCAGAGGUUGCUUUUCUCAGUUCUGCUUUCAUGAAAUCCAUCAAACGUGACCAUCAAGAAUUAUUAAAACCUUAAUGUAACCAGGAGAGGAACUGAAAUCAAAGAUGUCUUUUGGAAGGCGCCGUAAGUAGUAUAGUUACUUCUCAGAUGUAAAUGCAGGUGGACAAAGGCAGAAGAAUAACACAGGAUUACAAUAAAUCAACACAGGUUGAGGAUAUCACAUCAUCAGCAUAAAAACACUCAAUCCAAAUAUGAAGAAAACUAUCCGACCCUAAAUCAUACAAAAUUUUGUUGAAUAUAUAGUUAUUUUGCUGCGCUUUUUUUGCAGGUUUAUACGUGGAAAUCACAGGUUUAGACUUGAGAUCAGUAGCACUUUUGCUCCAGAGAAACUCCCUUCACUAGAGGCAUUUACUUUGCACAGUACAGUGAAUCACAGGGGCUCUCUUCGCUACAUCAAAAGGGCAUUUCUUUGUACGCUUGGUGCAAGAUUAAGACCAGAUUCAAGUUUUUGUCAUACUAAUUUAAUUCAAAAUGUUCUCAGCUAGCUCACAAAGGGUUCCAGACCUGAGCUUCAAACAACAAAAACGAUCUGCUGGUUCAGAUUCUGCUUCUUCUUGCAAACCACUGGCCUUAAACUUGUCACUUCCUUCUGGAUGACAACAUGAACAAGUGAAAGGAGGAAACAGGGCAUCUCUCCACUCAACUAACCUGUGUCCUUAAGCUUUUAACCAGAGGAAGAGUAAAAUUGUAUUUGUUCUCAAUAUACUUUGUAACAGAGCACCAGAUUCCUGGGUUGAUCCCAGCAUGUAUAUUACAUGUAUAUUUCUGAUUAUUGAUCUUUUAUUGAGAUUUUUUGAUGACAAACUGCAUAUUGACUGCAAAGCUGAACUCCUUAAUUUUGCUUUGUUACGUGUUUUACUCUCAAGGGAAACUUGAGUCACAGAUAUUUUGUACUAAGUUAAUAUUUAUGUGCAUUUUACAUUGUUUUGUCAAAUUUCAACAUUAUUACUUACAUCCUGUGUCUACUGUUGCUUAAUAAGUAAUUGUUGUAUUUAAUAAUAAUCACACCCGUUAACA